AGUCAACGUUGCGACGUAGUUCGAAGAAUCAGCUUUCACAAGCGAAAAGUGCGCAAUAGAAUAGUUUAUUUUUUAAGGCAAGCAUAUAUUUGCGAAAAUUUGAUUAUUUAUCGUUGUCGAAAAUGUUUAUCACGAAGUAGUCAUAUCGAGCGGUAACGCGCGAUAUUAAUGAGGGUGGUGGGGAUCGCCAUCCCUUGCUGCCAUUUUCCUCAGGAAAGAAAGAUUUGCAUUCAUGCCGUAGUCACUGAUUCGUAUAUAUUUACGUGCAUGUCACGUAAUUAUAGAUGCUGUGCGAUUCGAUGGAUUCUAUUUGUGAUUAUAUUUCAAUGGUAUCGAAUUUGAAAAUAUCGAUAUGAGUGCUACUUUAAGCUCAAGAGCCGAACAGUAUUUUUAUAGUAUAAAUCCUUUGGCCCAAAGAAUCGGUGAAGAUAUAACUGCAACGAAAGAAGCCUACGAGGGUUUAUGGAACACGUUAAGUACAGCAGAGCAGAGUCAAGCGAUUAACGAAACUAUAAUUCAACCAGAAGUUGCCUUAAAAUACGCUCUAAAGAAAACUGAACCGAACAAAGAACUGCCAGAAUGGUAUCCAAAGUUAAGGAUUCAGACCGGGAUGAAAUAUGUUGUCGACGAGACUGGUUCUACAUUGCGAUGGAGAGACGAACAUUCAGCUCCAUUUUCGUUGAUGACUCAAUCACAAAUGAAUCUGAGCAUAAUAGAUUCAAGCGAAGAUGCAAAAUCUAAAUCGAUAAGAGCCCAAUUCGGGGAAUCGUCGCAUUUCUCGAGUCCAGCAAAAUCACAAAGGAACAACUCGAGUUCUCUUAACGAUAAUUACACUUUGCCUCUGGCAGUUAAUCGAUUUCCAACCGAUCGUUUCUCCAACAGUAUUUUUGGAGACGAACAGUGUAGCGGCUUGUUGGAAGGCAAUAUCGAUAACGAUCAUUCGGAGAGCAUAUUCGCUAAAUUAAUAAAUAAGACGUCUUUAUUGAAGUUGCAGACUAAUCUAGCGGACGAUAUGGAAAGUUUGGUCAGAGAAAGAGAUUCGGAUACCGAGAAAAGUCAAUCGAAUACCUUGGUAGUAAUGUCGCGUACGAAAUCGAGCGAUAUUAACGAAUCAACAGCAUUGCUAGAGACACCUAGCUCUUACAGUAGCUUCCAAUCUUCUCAGUUGAAUCAGGAGGAAGAAGAGAGAACUAUACCAAAGACUGGCUUUGAAUUUCUUGAUAAUUGGUAGAUCGGAUAAUUGAAAUCGGAUAGAUUUUCUCUAAAUUCUAUUUACAUUGAAACUGUUACUAUAUUUACGUAACGAUAAUUCUAAUAUUUCGUUCGAACGUACUUGUACAAUUUUAGUUCCUAAACUAAUAAUAAUUAUUGAUCCUAUCGAAGUAGAGCAACGUCGGUACAGAUAAUUAGUAUUUCUACGAUGCCAUUUACGAUCCCGACGCGAUUACCAGAGAGAAUCGUAACGUGUAAAGCGUAUACAUAUCGAAUAUAACGAGGCGACUUGUUUUGUCAAACAGAAAAGCAGAAGUUUUGUAGAUGGGGUUAUUAGGUACCGUUGAUAAGAGAUACGUGCGUACAAGCGAAAAUAUUAAUCGGAGUAUUCGUUUUUACAAAUAUUUAAUAUUUUGAUAAUUCUUUUAUAGUUAUAUUUUCAUUUGAAAAAAGCUCUCGCGUUUAUAACCUGCCCUUCUCCUCGCAUAAUCAUCGACCGUUACGCAGAGUAUUAGAAGACUGAAGAGGCUAUUUUAUUUGUUUCGCGACUUUAAAUCUUAUAUAAAUUAUUAUUAACGUAUUUUUAAUAAUAUGAAGAAUUUAUUCAUAUGGCUUACAUAAAAUAAUGACGAUAAUAUUUUUGGUGCGUUGUAUAACUUUAAUGUAUAGUUUAGAAUAGUUGGUAUCGUCCGCUCGUUUUUCGAAACAUUGUAUGUAUCGGUGUGCGAUGGAUCGUGCUUGCGCGAAUAAGAAAUGUAUGCCCGGUGAGUUUUAUUCGAACGCGUAGUAUACGUAUAUGUUCUAUAGAGUAUCGAAGCAUUUCAAAGGAUAUUUAAACAGAUUAAUCGGUGUAUUAUGGUCGAUCCGUUGAACGAGCGGGGCCGAUGCCGGCUACAUUUCUUCCUCGAUGAUUUUUCAGGUUUUACGUUGUCCAAAAGCCAGAGAGCCGAGCUGUACAAUUAAAGAGCAUAUACAUAGGUA